CCCGAGCUAGAAAUUAGAACUCGAGAGCCUUGCGGGGUUUUCGAGAGAGAGAGGUUUCUGAUUUCAACUGCCCGUCCGCCCGUAGAUUCUCUGCCAAUUUUCUUCUUUCAAUUUUAAUAAUCCUUUUGGAAAUGUCAGGCACCCUUUCGAUCUCUCCAUGCAUCCAAUCUUCGCAGCUAAGAAAACCAUAUGAGUCCUCAUCUGGGCAUGUGAGGUUUCUUCAUCAUUUCUCAAUCUCAGAAACCGAAAUAGCUGCUUUUACUAAAUUUUCUUUGGGUCUUCCCGAUAUGACCAACAAAUUUGAAAGGAAGAUUACAAUGCCAACUGUCUGGACCGCGGAGGGUCCUUUGCAGGAGGACCUCGAUGCACCCGUUUCAAUCCAGCUCCAGCCCAUCGUCAGCGAAGAGCAGUUUGACCAGAUCAUUGCCGAGGCGCAACAGCUCGAAGAAUCGGUUAUUAUUGUCUGGAUGGCAAGCUGGUGCAGAAAAUUUAUAUAUUUGAAACCCAAGUUGGAAAAAUUGGCAGCAUAUUACCAUUCAAGAAUCCGGUUCUAUUGUGUUGAUGUCAACAUCAUCCCAUACAGACUUGUGGCUCAUGCAGGAAUCACAAAAAUGCCAACCAUACAGUUGUGGAAGGAUAGCAAGAAGCAAGCUGAGGUUUUUGGAGGCCACAAAGCACAUUUGGUGGUUAGCGAUGUUCAUGAAAUAAUUGAGAAUGAGUUGGACAUAAAUUUUGCUGUUUGAUUCACUUUUUCAUGUUCACACUAUUAUUUGUUUUGCACAUUGAACUUGUGAAUAUCCAUGUAAAUCUGCUUCUCCUUACAAAGAGAAUUUAAGAAACCAAACAUGGAAGUAAAGCAAUAAGCAAGAUGAGGUUUUUGGAGGCCACAAAGCACA